AUGGAGACGGAAACUUCGGUGUACCAACUAAAAAGGUCAAGGUCAUUUUCUGAAAGUGAAAAUGAAGAAGAAGCGAAACCAAGCAAAAGGGUUAUGACAAUAAAGAAUGAUACUGGUUGUGAAAUUGUUGACAAUAGUGACUCGGACAUUUCUGAAAUUAUUCCUAGUCAAAUUCCUUGUUCUGGACCCAUUUCAUUACAGAACAUAAGUUCGGAUGAGGAAAAUGAUGACAGCGAUUAUGAUGAGGAGGAAAUAAAUCGUGAUGUUCAGAACAAAUCUAUAUUUGUCAGAAGGAUCAUGCAUUCAACAACCACAAAGAGAGGAAAGGCUAAACGGUCUGAUCGUGUGUAUAAUUCGAAAUGUUGCUGCCCUUUUUGUAGACAGAUGUGUUCCAGUUUUGCCCAGCAUAUCUUUUCCAAAAAACACUACAAUGAGCCAGAAGUGAAAAAAGUCUUGGCCCUAAAAGGCAAACACCGUAAAACUUUGUUGGCAGUAUUGCGCAGUAAAGGAAGUAAUAUUCACAAUGAAAAUGUCAUAAAACAAAAGAAAGGAGAGAUUCUUUUAGCACGACGAAGUGGAAAAGAACAAUUUGAUGUAACAAAAUAUGGGCCAUGUCCCAACUGCUUUGGGUGGCUUCGAUUGAGUGUUUUGGACAGGCAUCAAACACACUGUCCUGUGAAUAAGAACUCAUCUGUACAUGUUUCAAAAGGGAGCCUUUUGAUGCAGAGUGCUGUUCUGGCAGGAAGGGUCACAGAACAAGCAAGUCAAGCAUUGGUAAAAGAAGUCUUCUCCAUAAUGCUUGAUGAUAAGGUUGGAAAGAUUGCAAAAGCUGACAGUUUGAUUAUAGCCCUUGGUAAUCAGUGGCUUACUAGAAACAUAGGAAACAAGCUAAUGAGGAAGUACUAUGUUUCUGCAGUGAUGCGUCUGGCAAGUAGGCUGCUCAUUCAACUUCGGAUCAUGGCAACUCCGGAAACUGGAAAUCAUCUUGAAAACUAUCUACAUCCAAUGUUCUUCACUCAUGUGGCACGAGCCGCUUUGAAAGUUGCCAGACAGGACAGUGAUGAUGAAGAAAAUCUUGAAGCCCCCUCGAAUGCCAUUAAGCUUUCGUAUGACUUGAAGAGGGUCGGCAACAUUAAGUUGGCGAAGGCCAUCAAGAAUGGCGAUGAAGAAAAUCGAAAGGCUGCUAAAGAUUUCCUAAAGCUCAUGGAAAUAGAGUGGACCACCAAACUGUCACGUGUCUUACUGCAUGAACGCAAGAACAACAAAGAAAAUCUCCUCCCCCUGCCAAAGGACAUCGAAAAACUCGCAUCAUAUAUAAAAAGAGAAAUGGAGGCAUUCGAUACGGCUGAUACAUCUUAUGACAACUACAGAAAAGCUGUUGUCCUUGUAGAAUCUAAUUUGAUUACGUACAACCGUAGAAGGCCUGGAGAGGUACAGGCAAUGAGGUAA